AGUGGGCUACUGCCUUAUAGAUUGAGUGAGUGUGUGAGUGUAGAAAUCCGAGGACAAGACGAGAGGAAAGAUCAAGCAGAGAGAGAGCGAGAGAGAGACAGAGAGAGAGAGAGAGAGAGCGAGAGAGAGAGAGAGAGAGAGACAGAGAGAGAGAGACAGAGAGAGAGAGAGAGAGACAGAGAGAGAGAGACAGAGAGAGAUAGACACAGAGAGAGACACACAGAGAGAGAGGAUAUAAAUAAUAUGCCUUCCUCGCAGAGGCUUGGGUGAAAACACUGGCCAAGAGGCAGAGAAGGAGAAGGAAGAGGGAGAGGGAGAGAGGAAGUGUCUGAAACAUCAGGGAGGAGGAGGGAGGAGGGUGAACAACACAGCCAGGCAGCCAGACAGCCAGACGGACAGGGGGACGGAUCUACGAGGAAGCCCUGACAAUGUGGAUCGACUCUGCCAGCCUGCCGGCUGAACCACUCUGCUGUGCGCGGAGGGCGUUUUUUUAAAUUGUGAUUCAGCCUGCUAGCUAGCGUGGAUAUCUUUUUUACUGGAAGGGAUUUGGGAUUUGAAAAGGGUGACACGAACAUCAGAACUGGGCUGCUUGAUGGAUUUUAUAUGAUUUAUUAUUAUUAUUAUUAUUAUUAUUAUUAUUAUUAUUAUUAUUAUUAUUAUUAUUAUUAUUUUUCAAAAAUUUUGAAUGCAUUUUUUUUUACAAGAAUAUAUGUAUAUAUCUAUAUGAAUAUAGAGAUGUAUGUAUAUUUAUAUCCUAUGUCUAUACAACGAGAUAAAGUUUGAUUUUAAUAUUAUUUUAUUUUAUUUAUUUAGAAAUAUUUUAUUAAAAAAAAUAUAUAGAUAUAUAUAUUUUUUCUGUGUUUUCGAGGAUUUUUUGUAAAGGACAUUAGAAAGACCUUCAUUGGGAAUCAUGGGAAUAUUGAAAUGCUCCAGAUUUUUUCUGGUUCCUGGUUUCGUGGGAAAUGUUUGAGCUCCUCCGAGCUCCCCUGCACCCCGCUGUCCGCGUGUGAACCCCCUCUCUCUGCGCUGCGUGGAUGAGGUGACCCCCAAACCUACAGGCAGCUCAGGAGCCUGAAGAGGGCACUAGUGGCCCCUUUUCCCGGCCCCGCCUCCCUCUCCUGAUUGGCCGGGCCCUGGAAGAUGAGCGCUGGCCCCGCCCAGGAUGUGGCUAUCGAGCGUUUCCUGCAGGACAUCGAAGAGAGGGGCGGGCGCGUGCACAGGGGGCUGAGCUCCGGGGCGGAGAGGAAGCGACGCGGGGAGAUGAACCUGCUCUACCGCAAGACGCGGCUGGACUGGAGGAACCGCGAGCCGGACAGCACCGAGCACAAGAAGAGCUCCAGUAAGGACGUUUCCUCGGCGACGGUGGGGAAGGUACGGGACCUGGCCUCGUUCCGGAGGCACUUCCGGAUGGGCUUCCUGACGAUGCCGGCGUCCCAGGAGCACGCGUCCCUGCCCUGCGCCAGCAGCCUGGCACCGCGCUCGCUGUCCUGCCACUCGGUGGGCAGCGGGGGUUCGGAGCCCCCCCCGAGCGCCAGGAGACCCCCGGCCAAGCCCAAGCGCCACCCCAGCACCCGGCUCAGCACGGCCAGCGACCCGCGGUGCAGCGAGGAGGCGGGCGGGGAGAAGCAGCCAGCUCUGAAGAAGUCUGAUUCCGGGGAGCAGCAUGGGAGGAAGGCACCCCCAGCGAAGCCCAAGCGGAGCCCCAACACCCAGCUCACGGUGUCCUUCGACGACACAGGGCACCCCAACACCCACCCCGGCGGAGGCAGGACCCCCCACCCUCGCUACACCCCCACAGAGCCCCCACAGCACCCCCAAACUCCGACCCCAGCCCAGCCCAGCCAAGACGAGCCGGUCUACAUAGAGAUGGUGGGGGACGUCUACAGGGAGCCCCAGAACCCCGCGGGGACCCCCGAUUCGGACUCCGACCAGAGCGAGGCCAUCUACGAGGAGAUGAAGUACCCCCUUUUGGAGGACGCCUCGGGGAUCCCCAAAACUAGAGACUGUAAAAAUUCCGCCAAUCCCUCCCUGAUCCUCCCGCCACCGCCCUCCCAAAACCCCGCGAAGGGCGGCAAGCCGAAACGGGACGGGACCCCAAACCCGGCCGUCUCCCCAAACCCUCCGUGCGCCCGGACGGCCACCCCCUUUUCGUUCUCCAAGAACUGCGAGAUCCCGCCCCCUUUCCCCAACCUCCUUCAGCACAGACACCCCCUGCUGGCCUUCCCCCAGCCGGCGGCUUCGUCCAGCGGGGUCAACGUGGCCCAGAAGGGGCUCAAACUGGGGACGGUCAGCGUCCAGACUGGCCAGUCCAAACUCCCAGUCCCCCAGAACAGCAACCCACCACCGUCCGCCAGUCAGGCUGAGCCCGGUCACGCACAGAGAGGAGGACCAGCAGGAGGAGAGAGCUCUAAAGACCUCUUACUGCUGCCCUCAGGCAGGGCACGCAGCCACUCCACCCCUCUCCCCCCUCCUCCCAACCCCUCCGGACACCCUCAGAAAACCGAGAAGGAGCUGCCCAGCUCCCACAGCAUGAAACUGGGCCAAUCCAUGCUGCCUGUCCCCCAGCAGCAACCAGCCGCGGGCAAAGACAAGGUCCCAAAGCCAGAGAAAACUGACUCCUUCCCGCCUCGCUCUGCCACCCCCUCAUCCCGGCACCUGUUUUCCUACCGCAGCUCCACCCCCCUGCCGGACCACUGCAUGGUGUGGACCUACCCCUCCGCGGGGCUGCAGAGACCCCCAGCCUACGAGAGCCUGAGGGGGUCGUCUGGACCAGCUUUGCCCAAAAGCAGCUCCACUUUCCCAGCCCCUCUCCCGCACACCAAAGGGAGUCUCGGAAGUGUCCGUCAACAGCCCCCCUCUAGUCUCCCCGUCGCGGGGGUGGGAGGUGACCCCAAAGGGGUUUCCAGCCCGGUCGAUGAAGGACAGCACUGGCCGUUGCAGAGGAGGAUGUCUAGCAGCAGAAGUCAUAAGGAAGCGGACAAGCCAGCGGAGGACGCUAGAGCGUGGAACGGCAGCGGAGACGCCCCCAAGGAGGAGAAAGGGCUCGGCCAAUCAGGGAUCCCCGUGCGGAGUCAGGCUGUGGAGGUGGGCUCAGUUAAGGGGGUACGAAGGUCCGCACUACCCCAGCCCUGUCAGACAUUUCCUGCCUGCCAUCGAAAUGGAGAUUUCGCUCGCCUGGGUCGCUCGGCUUCCACCUCCGGAGUGAGACACGCCUCCACCAACGUGCAGAGACAGUGCAGCCUCCCCCGAGAGAUCCUGGGACAGUUCCAACAGAGACCAGUUCCUGCCGCCUCCCAGCAGCCCUCGAAGCAGCUCCCUGUCCUGCAGUGCCAGCCUCCCCCUAGCGGGGGCGCCCCCCAGCCUCAGCCCCAGCCCCAGCCUCAGCCCCAGCCCCAGCCCCAGCCCCAGCCCCAGCCCCAGCGCGACGGGAAGCUGCUGGAGGUGAUCGAGAGGAAACGCUGCCUCUGCAAGGAGAUCAAGGCUCACCGGCGUCCAGAGCGCAGCCUCUGCAAGCAGGACAGCAUGCCCAUCCUGCCCAGCUGGAAGAGGACCCCCGAGACACGCAAGAGCGGGACCCCGCCCUGCCGCCGGCAGCAGGCUGUGCUGUGGGACACCGCUAUCUGA